UAUCGUGGCAAUGGAAAAAUACGGCGAUACCUCAGCAGCAUUUCAAUACAUUUCCGUACCAGGCACCAGAAUGCGACUCUACUGCAUGCUGAGCGUGAUUCUCAGUUCAUUACCAUUUCCAUUCACGAUGGGCACAUAGUUUUAGAGCUACAGGGAGAAAAACAAACCUCCUAUGUGUAUAUCCACAGCCUGGACCUGGUGAAUGAUGGUCAGUGGCACAGGGCAGACAUCAGCAUGGACAGCCCAGUCCUCCAGUCAUCCAGAUGGAGAAUAGUUCUGGACGAGCGCUGGGAGAAACCCUCCGUCUCCUUCACAGCCUCAGGAGAUCUGGAUUUCCUCCGAGAAGAUGUGGACAUCAUCUUAGGAGGCUUGGGACAUGAUUCGGAGGGUAACUUCACUGGCUGUCUCGGUUUGGUGGAGAUCGGAGGCCUUGCAUUGCCAUAUUACAGUGACAUGGAGAUGAACCAGCCCAGACCCCAGGAAGAGCGGUUUCUGAGGACUUCUGGGACUCCCUACUUCGGCUGCUGGGGAUCUAAUGUCUGUGAGCCUGACCCUUGCAAGAAUGGAGGGGUUUGUGAAGAUCUGUUCGACCUUUUCAAAUGUCAUUGCCCAUCUGAUUGGGAUGGCCAGCGUUGUGAAUUUACUGUAGAUGACUGUGCAUCAAACCCAUGUGUUCACGGAGCCUGCAGAUCGAUCUCAGCUGGAUUCGAGUGCUCGUGUGAUGCAGGCUACACCGGCCGGCGCUGUGAAACAGAGGUGGACGUAUGCGCCCACCACAAGUGCAGCAAUGGAGGAACGUGCCUAAGAGGAUUGAAACGCUACUCAUGUCUCUGUCCAAGAAACACGACGGGCCCUUUCUGCAGGGAGAGAGUUCCAGAACUUCCAUGGUAUAUCGACAGGCUUCCAUUCCCUAAACUUCCUGUGUCUUUCUGCGGGAACGAGAGAUGGAACUACAGUUGCUUCAAUGGUGGGAAUUGCUCUUCUGUAGAGGAUAAUUGUGACUGUCUACCUGGAUUCACUGGACAGCGGUAAGAAUAUGAACCUGCAGAGG